AUCAAAAAUAGCCGGUGCGCGGCAGUCAGUGCGGCGAUGUCGACGGCGAACGACGGUUCGGCGGUGCGGUUCGGCCGAUGGUGGUGGUGCUGGCGUAGAAGAAGGUGGAGUACUGCUACCCGCGGCCCUACGAUGCCGACGACGACGGAAUACCCGAGGAUACCGAUCGUCCUGCUGACCGUGUUGCUGGCGUUGGUGUCAGCCCCGCUGCUGGGCCAGGCCGACGCCGCCACGAGGACAAAAGUCGAGGAGUCGCCCCGCAAGCAGAAGGAGGCCGAGCCGGUGAUCGAGGAAGUCACCGCCAAGCAGCUCGAGCGGCUCCUCAACGAGAAGGACUUUGUCGCUGUGUACUGGUAUGCACGAAGUUGCACCACAUGCGACAAAGUUCUGGCCGAAUUGGAGAAAAUCGACGACGAUACAGACCACUUUGGAGUCGACUUUGUCAAGAUCAACGAUAAGCGAUUGGCGAAGCAAUAUGGCAUCAAAAACUUUCCUGCUCUCACGUACUUCCGCGAAAAAGAGCCGAUCAUAUACGAAGGUGACUUGAUGGACGAGGAAAACGUAUUGGAUUUCUUGACGAGUUUAGAAGCGAUGGAUUUGCCGGACCGUAUCGAGGAAGUUAACGCAAAAAUUUUGGGAAAAAUCGUCGAGGAAACCGACUUUGUAGCGGUACUUUUCUGUCCGGACACGCAGCGAUGCGCGGGCGCUGGUUCCAACAAGCCGGACUGCAAGAAGUGUCUGAAGGCCCUGCAGGAGCUGGAAAACAUCGAUGACGAGGCCGAUCAGUUAGGCAUUGGCUUCGUGAAGAUCGCGGACGAGGAGCUCGCGGACGAGUAUAAUCUCGGCCCUCUCCCGGCUCUUGUGUACUACAGGCAUCAGAUUCCAAUCAUUUACGAACAUGAACUGAGCAGAGAAGAGGAUGUACUGGAAUGGCUGGUGGCGAACAAGAGCACGGGAGAUGAAGAGGACGUUAUCGAGGAUGUCACCUCCAAGACCUUGAACACGCUGAUUGGAAACAUCGACAAUCUAGUCGUUCUGUUCUACGAUCACGGAGACGAAGAAUCAAUGCAGGCCCUGAACGAGCUGGAGAAGAUCGACGACGAUUGUGACAGGCAUGGGAUCCAGUUCGUGAAGAUCGAUGACGAGAAGGCGGCGGAGGAGUUCGGAAUCGACGAUCUGCCCGCGAUCGUCUACUUCGAGAAGCAAAUUCCAAACGUUUACGAUGGUGACAUAGAAAACGAGGACGAGAUCUUGGAGUGGCUGCUGUCGCAGCUGGAGAAGGACGAGAUCGAGGACGUAACCGACGAGAUGCUGGACCGCCUUAUCAAGGAUGGGAAAACCCUGGCCGUGCUGUUCUACGACAACAACGAUCGAAAAUCGCAGAGGGUUCUCAACGAGCUGGAGAACAUCGACGACGAGUGCGACCAGCUCGGCGUGGCGUUCGUGAAGAUCGACAAUGCGGACGAGGCCAAGGAGUACGGCAUCGAGAAGGUACCAACGAUGCUCUACUUCGAGAAAGGCAUCCCGAUGGUGUACCAGGGCAACCUCGAAGACGAAGAGAAGGUGUUGAAAUGGUUGGAGCAGCAGCAGAAGGCCGACCAGAUCGAAGACGUCACCGACGAGAUGCUGGACAUGGUUAUCGAGAAGAUGCCGCAUGUAGCCGUCCUCUUCUAUGACAAGGAUCAGAAGAAGAGUCAGAAGGUGCUGAACGAGCUGGAAAACAUCGACGACGACUGCGACCAGCACAAUAUAGCCUUCGUGAAGAUCAGCGACUUGGAAGAAGCGAAGGAAUACGGCAUAGACUCGCUUCCCAUGCUGGUCUUCUUCGAGCGGAAGAUACCGCACGUUUACGACGGCGACCUCAUGAACGAGGAUCAAUUGCUGGGCUGGCUGCUGCACCAGAAGAAGCACGUCGAGAUCCCGGAAGUGACGGACGAGAUGGUAGAGAAGCUUGUGGAGACCUCGCCGUACAUAGCAGUCCUGUUUUACGACAAGGACGACAAGCAGGACAUACGGAUACUGAACGAGCUGGAGAACAUCGACGACGAACUGGAGAAGGAGGGCAUCGUGAUCGUGCGUAUAGACAACGACGCCGAGGCGAAGGAAUACGGUAUCGAUCAUUUGCCGACCCUGGUGUACUUCGAGGACAAGAUCCCGGCGAUCUACGAGGGCGACCUGCUGAACGAGGACGAGGUCCUCGAGUGGCUGAUAGAGCAGAAGAACAGCGCCACCAUCGAGGAGGUCACGGACGAGAUCCUGACGGAUCUCAUAGACGACCACGAAUACGUCGUGGUGUACUUCAGUGGGAGCUGCGACGAAGGGGAGGAAUGCGACAAUAUCCUCGACGAGCUGGAGAACAUCGACGACGAGCUCGACGAGACCGGCAUCAUAUUCGUCACCACCGAGGACCUCAGCAUCGCGAAGAAGUAUGGCGUCAAGCAUUUCCCGACCCUCGCAUUCUUCCGCAACAAGGACCCGCUCAUCUAUACCGGUGAUCUCGACGACGAGGACGAAGUGUUGUCCUGGAUCACGGACGAGAACACCUUAGAGAUACCGGGGAGGAUCGAGGAGGUGAACGCUAAGAUGUUGGAAAACAUUCUCGACGAGAACGACUACGUAGUCGUAUUUUUCUACAAAGAGGGCGACAAGAAGAGUCACAAGAUCCUCCAGGAGCUCGAGAAUAUCGACGACGAGUGCGAGGAGAAGGAUAUCGAUUUCGUAAAGAUUUCCGACGAAGGGAUCGACAAGGAGUACGAUCUGCCGGGGCUGCCAGCCUUGGCGUUCUACCGGCACAAAUUCCGGCAGAUCUACGCCGGCGACAUGAUGCACGAGGAGCAGAUUCUGGACUGGGUGCUCGAGCUUCGAACGACCACGCCGGACGUGAUCGAGAGCGUCGACAGGAAAACGCUGCAGGUGCUCAUCAACGACGUCGAGCACCUCGCCGUAUUCUUCUACGAUGACAAGUGCGAAUCCUGCCCGGAGAUCCUCGAGGAGUUGGAAACGAUUGACGAUGAUACCGACAAGCACGGUAUCCAGUUCGUCAAGUCGAAUGACGCGAAACUCGCGGCCGAGAUCGGCGUCUUCUCCUUCCCAGCUCUCGUUUAUUAUGAGACCGGAGUGCCCAUCAUGUAUGACGGUAAUCUCCUCGACGAAACCGAAGUACUCGAAUGGAUGGUGAAACAGAAGACCGACGAGAGCAUCGAGGAGAUCGAUCGUGAGACUCUCCUCAAGUACAUCGAGACGAAAGAAUUUCUCGCUGUCGUAUUUUACAAAGAGGAAGACCCAGAAAGCCCUAGAGUGCUCAGGCACAUCGAGCUGAUCGAUGACGAGGCGGCGGAGUACGGAAUAAAGGUCGUCAGGAUGAAAGAUCGGCUGAUGGCAAAGAAGUACGGCUACCGGAAUCCACCCGGCAUCACUUACUUCCGCAAGGGUAAGAGCAUCAACUACGACGGUGACAUCGACGACGAAGAGGAGAUCCUCGAUUGGCUGACCAACCCGGAGAACAUGGAACUGACUGAUCACAUAGAGCGAAUCAACAAUAAGAUGUUCCAGAAAGUUCGACAAACGACGGAUUACCUGGCCGUGUUUUUCUACAGCAACGACUGCAAACAAUGCGGCCGGGUAUUGGCAGAGAUCGAGCACAUUGACGACGAGGCCGACGGCGCCGGCAUCAAAUUCGUGAAGAUCGACGACAAGCAGUUGGCCAAACAUUACGGUGUUUUUGCCUUGCCGGCCAUACUAUUCUUCAAGAUGGGCUCGAAGGAGCCGGUCAUAUACGCAGGUGACUUGUACGACGAGGAGCAGAUCUUGCAGUGGCUGAUGACGCAAAAAGACCCGUCGGGCGAAGUGAUCGAGGCCCUGGAAGGCGAGGAUCUGCUGAACUUGAUACGGGAAUCGGAAUCCUUAGCCGUGUACUUCUGGAACAGAACGCUUUGCGACAUGUGCCAAUCAAAAGCGUACCGCAAGCAGAUGCGCCACAAGCAGGAGCACAGCAGGAACGCGGAACACGCGGACGCGGCCGAGGACAACGAUGGUACAGCAGAUCAAAAUCCCGACGAUUGCGCGCAAUGCGUGGCGAUACUCGAGGAACUGGAAAACAUCGACGACGAUUGCGACCGUCACGGCAUCACGUUCGUGAAGACGCAAGACUUCAAGGUAGCCGAGGAUUACGGAGUGAUCGAUCUUCCGGUGCUGGUCUAUUUCGAGAAACAAGUGCCGAAUGUGUUCGAAGGUGAUCUCUCCGUAGAAGAGGAAGUGUUGCAAUGGCUGAUUACCCAGAGAACGGAAGAUCGGAUCGAACUGAUCACAAGAGUGAUGCUGGAAACAUCCGUCGAAGAGACUCAAUAUUUAGCGGUCUACUUCAAUAAACAAAACUGUCACAUAUGCGACGAGAUCCUGGAGGGCCUGGAGAGAAUCGACGACGAAUGCGACGUAUUCGGGAUACACAUGGUGAAGAUCCAAGAUGCGCAGCUGGCGAAGCGGUACUCGAUCAAGACAUUCCCGGCGCUCGUUUAUUUCCGCAACGGCAACCCUCUUCUUUUCGAAGGAGAUCUCCAGAACGAAGAAUCUGUCCUCGAGUGGCUGAUCGAUGACGACAAUCGCGAACUCGCCGAUGAGAUAGAAUCCGUCAACGACAGGAUGUUAGAGAGACUCCUAGACGAGUCUCCCUUCCUAGCUGUUUUCUUCUACGACGAAGACUGUCCAGAAUGUCACGAAAUCAUGGAAGCAUUAGAGAAGAUCGACGGCGAGGCUGAUCUCUUCGGCAUCGACUUCGUGAAAAUCGACAGCCCAGAGGCGGCCGAGAAGUACGGCAUCCUCAACGUGCCAUCCCUCGUGUACUUCCGGAAGAAAACACCGCUCCUAUACGACGGCGAUCUCACGCAGGAAGACAAGAUUCUGCAAUGGCUCACCUCACAGGACGUGUUUGAAAUCAAGAAUGAGAUCGAGGAAGUCAACAGAAAGAUGCUGGACAAACUGUUGGACGAGAACGAGUUCCUCGCGGUUUUCUUUUACGAAUUCGACAACCCGGAGAGCGACGAGGUGAAUGAGAAACUAGAACAGAUCGACGACGAGACCGACAAUUUAGAUAUUACGUUCGUCAAAAUGGCGGAUCCAAGAUACGCUCGAAAAUGGGGAGUCAUCAAGCUGCCCGCCAUUGUCUAUUUUCGCAAAAGAUUCCCAAGCAUCUACAGAGGUGACCUGCACAAGGAACAGGAAGUUCUCGAGUGGCUGCGCAAGAACCGAUACCGGCAGCCGGAGCUCAACAUUUAUAUGUACAUGCUGAUCGCCAUAGCUAUCCUUUUCCUUAUGUACACCGGUUUCCUCCUGUCGUGCUUCCGCGCGGAGCCGGCCGCGACCGUCGCGCAUCCCAAGCAAGCGUGAAUACGCGGCCACCACGGGAAGAAGUGAGACGAGAGAAUGUAAAAAAAGACAGGACUCGUGAAUCCGCGUGCGUGCGCGCGCGCGCGUGUGCAUCGCUCGAUACUUCGUUUGAUACUCCGAUUCCCCCAGGACGAUUUGGCGAAUCAAGUUCGUCUGGAACGAACAACUCGUACGUACGCGCUCUUCGCUGUUACGAUGAGGAUGACGUAACGAUGACUAUUAUUACUAUUACUAGAAAGGAAAAAUAUAGCGAGCGACCUGCCUGCCUGCCUGUCUGCCUGCAAAGAAACGCGCCCGGACCGCUGUCAAACGCUAAGAUAUAUACGCCGCGCAAAAGAGAGACGGAGAUAACGUGCACGAACACUGAGAAUCUUACGGCCGUACUUCAGGGCCGAGAAAAACAAAUCGAGAUUGACUCGCGCAUUUGUUCGCACAGAACAAGCUUCCAGAAUUUCAUCUUCCGAGUACCGUGAGCAACGAGAUGAUCUAAAAAGAAGGAAAAAAACACACACACACACAUACGGCUUUCUAGAAAUUAAUCGCGAUCGGUGACAUUGUUUAACAGUUUUUCUUCUGUCUUGCAGAACGUGGUGAUCGAGUAAUAUUAACACGAUGAUGUUUUGUUGAAAUACUUGGAAUCCGCUUAUAUCUCGGCAUUAUACUUUGGCACCACCCUAAACCGAUGCUGACUUUUAUAAGACUCCUGGGUCCUCGCUGUGACUGUCUCCUUGUUUGAUGACGUCGGAAGCGAGAAACAGCCAAAUAUAUCACGGUGUAUAUAGAGAUGAAAAAAAUAUAAUAUAUGCACAAAAUGACACUCAUGACCGAUUCGGCAUACUCGUAAAAAUGUCCGCUUUACUUUGACCUCAACAAUCAAUAAGUAGCCGAAAAUUACUGUGACACAUAACUUACGUUCUUGGCAAGUUUUGUCCUAUUUCUGCUGGCAGUCUGUCAACAAAGUCUGAUCUAACAGAUUAUCCAACCUGUUGACCAUUUUGCUAAGAAAAUUUGUAAACAAAAUUGUAGCAAGCAUUUGACAAGAUUUGCUCUGACAGAUCUGGCUGACUGGGUUGUUUUGUCUCGACGUACACCAUAAUAUACUUCGGCAUGCGAUUUCUCACUUCUUACGUCACCGAACAGCCGCAGUGAGGAACUGUGAAGUCUUAAGCGGGAUUUACAAUGCGAUUGCAGGAUCGUGCACUCGUAUUUUACCAACAAUUUGGUCGUAGUCGCUGGAAUUGAACCGGCUGCAACUGUACGACCUUGCGAUCAUAUUGUAGACGAGCCUUAGCGUUUAAUAUGUCACACGUCGGCAUCGACGAAUAUCUUCCCGCCACGAUCUUCUUUUUCUCCAAUAACCACUGACCAUUGUCUUCUCAUUUUUCUGUCGAUUGUUACUGUCUCGUUAGUAGAAUUAUUAUCACGUAUAUUAUAUUAUCACCUCAUUCACAUAAUCAUUAUUAUUACUACACACACACGUGCACGCGUACACACGUACACACAUGGCAUACAGAAACACACUGUCCAUCUAAUGAUCCAUCUAAUUAUCGCUAUUGUUAUUACUAUUUUUAUUACUACAAUUACUACCGUUAUUAUUGUUAUUAUUAUUACUACUACUACUACUAGCACUACCGUUAUCUAUUUUAUUAUUAUUAUUAUUAUUAUCGUUAGCAUAACUCACUAGUGGAUUUGACAGCGGUCUACAGUCGCGUAAACUCUGUUUAGUUUAUGCACGGUAGAAUGCACGAGUCUUCGUAACGAUGAGUUGUACAGAUCGAUAUCCGACGACCAACAAAAGUACGGUACUACAACGAGUCCCACACAAUACACAAGACGAGAGUUCGUCCGCUCAUCUUACGAGAAGACUGAGGUGUCAUUGUUACCAUAAUGAAUAAAGAACGCACAUCCUUGGACCAA